AUGCCAUCCGCAGCUCUCCAAUUUGAAUCGACAUUGAAGUUCCUCCUGUCUGCGCAAUUAACGGCAGUUUCAAGGAGGACACCGCACGCGGUGAAAUUGGAAAUCGCCGACAUUUCUCUGAAAGCGAUCAUGCAAGCAAGGAAACACAAUGGAAUUGUUUACAGAGGAAAGAAAGCUCUAAAGCUGAUUGGCUUUGGUAAAGCAGAUAAAAACGGCAGCGUUUUAGAAGGGAUUUGCAAGAGCGGGCGCAAUGCAAAAUGA